AUGCUGAAUAUUCUAAUUUCCAAAACAAAUGCAAACGCACCGAUUUUGCCCAUUUUCGAAAAAUGGCACAAUUGUGCAGUUGACAAAUAUGAUUUCGGCCUGGCACCAGAAAAUGUAAGUUUGAUAUCGAAGCUUAAAAAUAAUUUUUUGAAAAACAUUCAUUCAGUUUUGGAAAUCAUCACCAGCAAGUUCAAUGGAAUGUGAAACACUGAUAGAUGCUCAAAGAUUGUUGAAAAUUGAAAAGUUCCAAAAUGGUGACGAGGAUAAAUUUUCAAUUUUACCCCUGACAAAUAACACUUCCCAAUCAGAGCAAGAGAAUUUUGUGACAAUUGGAGUUGGGAAAGAUAUCUCCGCUGAAUUAGCAUACAGAAAUGUGUCUCAAAACACCCAAUUCUUUGGCGCUGAUCCAAUUUUCAUGGAUAAUUACGAAUUGUAUUCAAAAAUCGGUUUAUAUUUUCCAUUAGCAAUUGCUGCAACAGAUGGAUAUUCAGCAGCUAGUGUUUUAUUGAAUAAUACAUAUCAACACUUUGAUGUUUUUCACAUUGAUUUAAUAUAUUUUAUCAAGAAUAUUCUUAAAAUUUCAACAAUUGAGAAUCUCUGGCUAGAUAAUGAGUACGCUGAAUAUGAUUUAUUACCAUAUUUUUAUAAGAAUGGACAAUUGGAUCAAAAUGGAAUCACUAUUUGCCAAUUUAAUAUUGAGGUAUGUUCAUAAUUUUUAAAGAACUCAUGAUCAAUAUAAUUUUUUUGCAGAUUCAUUCAGCUCGAAAUGAUAAACACUUUGCAAAAUUCAAAAAUUUCAUUCAAAAAAUUGUUGAAGACCGGAAAUACGCAAUUCUGAAUCAUUUGCUAGUUGGACAUCAUCGAAUGUAUCUUUUCAAUUACGGGAACAAAUAUUGUGUUGAAAAAUUUAUUUUUAAUAGUUUGAAUUGAUUUUCAGAAAAUAAAAUUUGAAAAAAAUUGUUCCUAGAAAAUUCCCAGAAAUCAAUCAUACUUCUCGGGGUGCUGUCGGCGGCGAUUCGGCGGCGUUGCCACGUUUGGCAACAUCUAGGCGACGUUGCCAAGUGAGCAGCAACACGUGGCGACGUUGCCACAAGAAGCAGCAACGUUGCUGUUUGUCGCCAGAUUUUUAAUUUCAAUGUUUGCCUCAAGCGACAGAGGGCAACGUUGCCAAAAUGUACAACACUGCGACGCAAUUCUGCACAAUCAAGCAUUUUCGAAAUUUUUGUUUUUUUUUCUUUCCGGCCUAAAUUGUGUUUUUCUUCUGUUUUUCAGUGAAUCUAUCAUGAAUAUUAACAUUUUCAGUACGUCUCAAGCAAAAUAUUGAUGGUUUCGUUGGAUUUCAUCGAAGAAAAUUAGAAGAUUCCACAAUAAAAAGUAGAAAUGUGAUUGAGAAGGUUAGUUGAAAAAUACAAUUAGUGAUUCACAUUGAGAAAAUUAAGUUUUCAGUUUCACGUCAUUCAACGACUCAACCAUUGAUAACUUGGCAAUUGCUCAAGAAUGUUGGAAGAGAUUAUGAUUGCGACAAUUUGUUGAAAAGUGAGUUUUUUUUUCAAUUUUCUGAUACCAAAGUUAACUUGUUCCUUUUUUCAAGAAUUUUCCUGUUUUCUAGGAAAUUCCUCAAAACUCGUGUGAUUUUUUUUGCCAUUUCAAUCUAGGGCUAGUUCACCGAAAUACAAUUCAUCCAAACACGUUUUCAUUUUUCGAUAGUUUUUCCUAAGAUUUGUUUUUUGAGGAUUCUACCUCGGCUCAUCAGUUUCACGACUAGAGUACAAUUGUAAAGACAUUUGAAUUUUGGUAUUUUAGAAGUAUAAAAACUGAAAACUUGCAGUUUUUGCACAGAAAAAAGUUAGCGAUUUUUGGGUCCCACGAUUUUGGCCUAGGUGUGGCUAGACUACUUAAUAAUAAUAAAUUUGUUGUUUUUCAGAUAAACAAAGUCAUGCCCAUCGCCAACACAUCAAUCUCAAUCGUGUUUGA